AUGAUGCGAAGUAUCAUCGUCUGUCUCUUCAUCGUUACCGCAGCGAACACAAAAUCGAUACACAAGAGGAACAAUGAAUAUGGAGAUGAACCGGUUGCCCCAGCUGCUGGACAAGAAGGUGGGUACGGUGAGGAAGAGGCAGCAGUGGUUCCAGCUCCGGAAGAGGAGGCUCCAAAUCAGGUAGAA